AUGCCGAAACAGACCACCGCGCGAUCUUCGAAGAAAUCUGGCCCAUAUCCCUCUCCCAGGAGAAGACGAGCGCUCUCCUCUCAAACCAGAGCAGCAGCCGCCAGCCCAUCAGCCCUAGAACCAGAGCCAGAGCCGGUCAGCCCAGCAGCAGCUAUGAAUACCAGCCGAAUGGCGACGGGUGCCUCCGCUACCAUGGCACCCCAGGCAGCAAAUCCUUGGCAGCGAACAGCGACCCCUGUAUACUCCAUGCCCCCUCCCCCCUCGUAUACACAGCGGCUAUCAAUGUCUGAAAGGUUACCCAUCCACCCGCCUGCUAGCCCUGUAAACCCUGGCCAUCCUCCGAGUACAUCAACCCCGUGGUCGGCACAGGACGAUGAGAUUCUGCUAGCCGCCCGAGCCCAGGGCCAUGGUUGGAACCAGAUUCAACGUGACAAUUUUCCAACUAAAUCCUCAAACGCUUGCCGCAAGCGCUAUGAGCGACUAGUUGCCAAACGUCGUGGCUCAGAUUGGAAUGAUGAGCGAGUGGACAAGGUAGCUAGCCACUAUAUGCAAUUACGGGAAAAAACAUGGCAGCCCCUGGCUGAAGCCGUGGGUGAAGAUUGGAGGGAUGUGGAAAAAUUGUGUCUUGAGCGGGGUGCAAGAACUCUCCUUCCAACGCUGGGACAGCGCGAUCUAGCGCAGGGUGCUUCCGAGCCAGGAGGUUUCAUUUUUGCAUUCUGA